GUGAUAAGGGGACCCCCUUCGACCAAAACACUGAGCAGUCUAUCAGCUUGUAAACAACUGCAGGCAGGUGUGUCAGCAGCCAACUUUCUAAACCGUCGAUUUUGCAAUUUAAGUAGGACGCUCAACCAAAUCAUCCCUCACCUGUCCGCCAGACAGGCCGUCUCAAUGCAUCACAGAGGAGCGACAACACCGCAGAGAUCAUGGAUGUGCACGAUCUGUUUAUUAGCUGCAGAAAGGGCGACAUUUGCAGAGUCAGAUACCUUGUUGAACAGAGGGAUGUGGACCUCAAUGUAAGAGAUAAAUGGGACAGCACGCCUUUGUAUUACGCCUGUCUCUGCGGCCAUGAGGAGCUGGUCCAGUACCUGUUGGCUAGUGGUGCCAAGUGUGAAGCCAACACAUUUGAUGGCGAGCGCUGCAUGUACGGCUCUCUGAAUGACUCUGUCAGACGUCUGAUCAAAGACUAUAAAUGUGUCAGCGUCCGUGCCAUGCAGAGGGGGGAUUUCAACUACUUUCUGCACACGUUACUGGAGCAGGGUCAACACAGCGAUGUCAAGUUUCUGGUACAUGGACAGAUAUUUACGGCCCACCGAUGUGUCCUCAGCGCCCGCUCAGAGUACUUCACUGAUAUGUUUGAGACCAAGUGGAAAGAGAAGAACUUGAUCACCCUAAAACACCCUCUGAUCAACCCUGCAGCCUUUGGAGCCAUCCUGCAGUAUUUCUAUACAGGUCGAGCGGAUAUUGACAUAAGCCUUGUGGAGGACUGUAGACGACUUGCUAAACAAUGCAAAAUGACAGAUCUCAUUGAGGAGCUGGAGAAUAAAUGCAAACAAGUGUAUGAAUUUGUGUCAAACAAACCAGGAGUCUGUGUAAAGGUUCUCAGUCUGGACCCUCAAAGCUGCCAGCUUCAAGAGGAGAUGGCUCAAUUAGCAGACUGUGCAAUUCCCACUGAACUGAGGGUUGGAUUUGGUGAACUUCCUUUUAACAGAGUUGACAACUUCCCAACUUAUCCCGACAUCUGCUUCAAAGUGGAGACUUUCAAUUUUCUGUGUCAUAAGGCGUUUUUCUGUGGACGUAGUGAUUACUUUAAAGCCUUACUGGAGGACCACUUCAGUGAGGGGGAACAGCUGCAGUCCCAGCCCAGCACCCCAGUGAUUACUCUACACGAUAUUUCCCAUGAGAUUUUCAUCCAUGUCAUGUAUUACAUCUACACAGAUGACACAGAGCUGACAGCAGAGAAUGUGUUUGACGUGCUGUGCGUGGCUGACAUGUACCUGCUGCCUGGGCUGAAGCGUCUUUGUGGGAAGACUCUCGCUAAGACUAUAUGUGAGGACAACGUUUUAUACAUGUGGAAGAUGGCGAAGCUUUUCCGUCUUUCUCGGCUAGAGGAUCAGUGCACUGAGUUCAUGGCCAAGAUCAUUGAUAGGCUGGUGGAGCAGCCUGAGUUUGCAGAGAUGGUCAAAGAGGAUGCAGCGUCACUGGAGGAGCGCCACGAGACCGACUCUGUCCCCCUGGUAGAUGAGAUUCGCUACCACAUUGCCAGCAAUGUGCAGACGUACAGCGCGAUUGAGGAGGCCAAUCAGAAACUGGAUGCCUUGGAGGAGCUGCUUUGCAGCAUUAAUAUUGACUGCUGAAGAGUCAGCAGGUUUUGGUUUGUUACUGCCUCAGAGUUUGAGGUUAUUAAAAUGGAUGCUUAACAUAUUGUGAGAUUGGGGUAAACAAUUGUCUAUAUGUUUGUUGGUUUUAUUUUUGUUGCAGUUAAUUGUACUGAAUAUGUAUUUUCAGUUUAUGUUGAGGUGUUAAUGGAGGUGGUUGAGAAAAACUUUUUAUGCUGGCUGGUAAAAGCGAGACAUAUGUGAUUUUUUUUUGUGUGUGUGUGUAAAUUAUAUACGUUAAGUGGUUUUCAACAGCAUACCUUAGAACUUCACAUGCAUGAAUUUAUUUUAGGCAUUAUUUUAUUGUAAUUCUACAAUAGAUUAUAAUUGUAUAUUUAGCUCUUUUAAAAGGUAGCUACCCCAACCAAGUUAAAUGAUGAGCACUCACAGGAAACUGAAUUGAAUUUUAAUGUAAUGCUUAAUAAUGGCAAACGAUCACAUUUAGCACUCACACCUACUCCUUAAUGAUUUACAAAGUAUAUGUACAAGUGCAAAGUAUAUGUUGACCUCAAAAGUACUUUGUGACCUAACUCCUUAUUUAAAGUGACAUAAAUAUACACAAAUGACAGAAAGUGUGUAGCUUCUGAUUUAGGUUUUUGAUGGGAUAUACUUUAUUUCUGUGUCUGACAUUUAACAUUCCUUCAUAGCUCAUCCUAUGAUCCAGUACACCCUGAAACAAGUAUGAGCAAAUCUGUCUUGUCCAUUGUGUGCAAAAGAAAAUAAAACUGUUGAAAAAAUA